AAAAAAAAAAAACCUCUAAGCUCAAAAGAUGUUAUUGAGAACGAUGGCGGCUGCUUCCCCGCGGCCACCACCGUCAACAUCCCUAACAUCACAGCAGCCGCCGUCAACCCCCUCGCAGCUUCCUCUCCGUACAAUGCCGGGAUCGUACGGUUUGCCGUUGGUUGGACCAUUAUCGGACCGUUUAGAUUAUUUUUGGUUCCAAGGACCGGAAAAGUUUUUCAGGACAAGGGCUGAGAAGUACAAGAGCACUGUGUUCCGUACAAACAUUCCUCCGACGUUUCCUUUCUUUGGCAACGUUAACCCUAACAUCGUCGCCGUUCUCGACGUCAAGUCCUUUAGCCAUCUCUUUGACAUGGAUCUAGUUGAUAAAAGAGAUGUUCUCAUUGGAGACUUCCGGCCUAGCCUUGAGUUUUACGGCGGCGUUCGUGUUGGAGUUUAUCUUGACACUACCGAGCCAAAGCACGCCAAGAUAAAAAGUUUCGCCAUGGAAAUACUAAAACGAAGCUCAAAAGUAUGGCUACAAGAGCUUCGUUCAAACCUAAACACUUUCUGGGGAACAAUCGAAUCCGACGUUACCAAAAACGGCGCCGCUUCAUAUAUCUUCCCUCUUCAACGUUGCAUCUUCAGUUUCCUCUGUGCCUCUCUCGCCGGCGUUGACGUUUCCGUAUCGCCGGACAUCGCUGACAACGGUUGGAAGACACUCAAUACUUGGCUUGCAUUGCAAGUUAUUCCAACUACUAAACUCGGCAUUGUUCCUCAGCCUCUUGAAGAGAUUUUUCUCCAUACUUGGGCUUACCCUUCUCUCUUAGUCGCCGGAAAUUACCAAAAGCUUUGCAAUUUCAUCGACGAGAACGCCGGAGAUUGUCUCCGGUUAGGUCAAGAAGAAUUCGGGUUGACCCGAGAUGAGACGAUUCAGAAUCUUUUAUUCGUGUUGGGUUUUAACGCUUACGGGGGCUUUUCCGUCUUUUUACCUUAUUUGAUCGGAAAAAUCACCGGCGAUGAUUCCGGUCUCCAGGAGAGGAUUAAAUCCGAAGUCAGGAAAGUUUGCGGAUCCGGGUCGGAUCUUAAUUUCAAGACGGUCAACGAAAUGGAGCUGGUUAAAUCAGUGGUUUACGAAACGCUGCGUUUUAAUCCUCCGGUUCCGUUGCAAUUCGCACGUGCGAGGGAUGAUUUUCAGAUAAGUUCACACGAUGCUGUUUUUGAGGUUAAGAAAGGUGAGACCGGGUCUGAAUUGCUGAAUUAUCUCUACUGGUCUAACGGUCCACAAACUGGUACACCGAGCGCUUCGAACAAACAGUGUGCAGCUAAGGACAUGGUCACUCUCACGGCUAGCUUGGUCAUUGCCGAUUUAUUUCUCCGAUCAAAGGCUUCAAGAACCGAAACACAACAACAACCAUCUUCGUACGGACAACAACAAGACGCCAUGUACUCAUCUUACCAAACCGUGAGUGACGAAGUGUUAUUACAGAUUCAUGGAUGCAGAGCUCAUCUCAUCAACGGAUCCGAAGCAAUUGAGCUCGCAGCCGGAGACUUUGAGCUUGUACAAGUCCUAGAAAACAACGUGGCCUUAGCUAUGGUCGUGAGGAUCGGACGUGACUUACAAUGGCCGGUGAUUAAAGACGAGCCAGUAGUGAAACUUGACUCUCGUGACUACCUCUUCACGUUGCCGGUUAAAGACGGAGAGCCACUUAGCUACGGUGUUACGUUCUUCCCCAUCGAUGAAAACGACGUCGUUUUUGUGAAUAGUAUUGAGUUGUUAGAUGAUUUCUUGAGAGAGAAUUCUUGUUUCUCUUCUUCGUCUUCUUCUUCAUCUUCUUCGAGUGUUAACAAUGGAAUUGAUUGGAAGGAGUUUGCGCCUAGGAUUGAAGAUUAUAACAAUGUUGUGGCUAAAGCUAUUGCAGGAGGUACAGGGCAUAUCAUUAGAGGGAUGUUUAAAUGCAGUAAUGCUUAUACUAAUCAGGUUCACAAAGGAGGUGAGAUUAUGAUUACAAAGGCUGAGAAGAAGAGUGGUGCCUCGUCAAAAAGAAGUGCAACCACAAACAAGAAUCAAAUCAACAAGAACCUUCAACGAGUAAGGAAAUUGUCGAGAGCGACCGAGAAAUUGAGCAAGACAAUGCUGAAUGGUGUGGGAGUUGUGAGUGGCUCGGUGAUGGGUCCAGUUGUAAAGUCGAAGCCAGGGAAAGCUUUUUUCUCAAUGGUUCCAGGGGAGGUUCUAUUGGCUUCACUUGAUGCUCUUAAUAAAUUACUAGACGCUGCUGAAGCUGCAGAAAGACAAACUCUUUCUGCUACGUCCAAAGCUACUACCAGAAUGGUUAGUGAGAGGUUGGGUGAGAGCGCGGGGGAAGCUACGAAAGAUGUGCUAGGCACGGUUGGCCACGCAGCCGGCACUGCGUGGAAUGUCUUCAAUAUCCGCAAAGCUUUCACUCCUUCCUCUUCACUCACAUCAGGGAUCCUCAAAAACGCUUCACGAAAGUGAUCUUUGAUUAAUAGUACUCUCAUUGCCGAUCAGCGUUAUGUAUGUUUUGUGUUUGGAUUUAUUUGUUGGUAGAAACUGUAAGGUUAAAAACCAGAAUGUGCAAUCUUGAAUCU